AUGUUCCAUAAAGAAACUGUUGAAUCUCGACGUAAAUUUGCUUAUGACAAUAAUGUUUGCUUCAAUUGUUUAGGAAGCAAUCACUCUGCCAAGGAGUGUCGGACACCUGUUAGGUGUAGUAUUUGCAAGCGGACUCAUCAUUCGCUAUUGCAUCCUAAGGAUGCUAAUUCAUCUGAGGAAAACAAGACUGAGUGUGUUGUUAAUUCUUCAGAAGUUGCCACAACCUCAUCUUCGAAUGCCUCUCCAUCAUCCUUUAUGAUGUCUUGUGUUGCAGCCGUUAAGAAACAACAACAAGUGCUACUUGCCACGGCUUUAGUCAAGGCUAUAUGUAGGAAUGGUAAUGAGUACAGCAUUCGGGCGCUCCUAGACCAGGGGUCGCAGGCUUCAUUUGUAACCGAAUCUACGGUACAAUAUUUGGGUUUAAAGAAAACUGUUUUCACCAGUCAUAUAGCAGGGCUGGGAGGAAAUAAGGUAAUAGUCUCUAAGACUAUGGUCACCAUGGAAAUAAAGUCUCGGUACAAACCAGAUUUUAAAAUUUUAAUAAACACACACGUGGUAAAGAAUAUAACCUCUCUCUUGCCAACUAGAAGAGUGGAAGCCAAAGAAUGGCAGGAACUUAAAGGCUUAAUGCUAGCUGAUCCGGAGUACUUCAAUUCAAAUCAUAUUGAUCUUCUCUUGGGUGCGGACGUAUAUGGAGUAAUUCUGCAGGAAGGUAUGAAGAAAAAUCCUGAAGGAACGCUGAUAGCACAAGCAACCAGUCUCGGCUGGAUUCUGUCCGGUACUGUAAGCUGCAACAUCAAGCCCUCAUCUCGUAUAAGUGUAAUGCAUUGCUGCGAAAGUGAGGAUUUAUUGAAGAAAUUUUGGGAACUUGAAUCAGACGUUCCGAAACAAAAAUCCAGCAUGUUUACAGAGGAAGAAAGGCUUUGCGAACAACUUUUCACUCAAACCACCAAAAGAGAUUUCAAUGGGCGGUAUAUAGUUCGGCUUCCUUUCAAAAAUGGAUAUCCCGAAGUCACAGGAUCUAGAGACAUAGCCGAAAAACGUCUUAAAUCUUUAGAAGUCAAGUUCAGCAAAGACCCGAUACUGAAAACAAAAUAUCAGGAGGUAAUAAGUGAAUAUCUUAAACUGGAUCACAUGGAAGAAGUACCACCAGAAGAUAUAAAUGAUCCAAGGGCUAUAUACUUACCACAUCACGCCGUUAUCAGAAAUGAUAAAGAAACUACGAAGGUCAGAAUUGUUUACGAUGCAUCCUGUAAAGGCAAAAACAACCUAUCACUCAAUGAUCAGUUGUUGGUUGGACCUACCUUGCAGCCAGAGUUGCGGCAUAUAAUCAUGCAGUGGAGGUGUUCACCAAUUUGUAUGUCAGCUGACAUCGUAAAGAUGUAUCGGCAGGUUAAAGUGGAAAGGCAAGAUGCAGAGUGUCAGAGAAUACUGUGGAGAAAUAAUAAAAACGAGCCUAUAAAAUAUUAUAGGUAUACUCGAGUUACUUUUGACACAUCUUCUGCUCCAUACCUAGCAGUAAAGGCUCUUCAACAAGUUGCUCAUGAUCAUAGUACUGAUUAUCCGUUGGCAGUCGAAAGAGUGUUCAACGAUUUUUAUGUAGAUGAUCUCAUGACGGGAGUUCAAACCUGCGAAGAAGGUAAACAAGUAUUUGUGGAAAUUAACGAACUAUUGGGAAAAGCAGGGUUUUCAUUACAAAAGUGGAAUAGCAAUGAUGAUAGCCUAGUAAUGGAGAUGAAUCAAAAGGAAAAUAGGGAAAAUGAUAUAAAGGAAGAAAUAAAAAUAAAAGAAAAUGAAAUAACAAAAAUUUUGGGACUUACUUGGAACCGCAGUGAUGACACCUUCCGCUAUGCAGUAAGCCUUCCUCAUUUGCAGCAACCUAUAACGAAAAGAAAAAUUAUAUCUGAUAUUUCACGACUCUACGAUCCACUUGGGUGGGUAGGGCCAAGCAUUAUCAUAGCAAAGGUAAUGAUACAAAAGCUGUGGUUGGCAGGAUUGGAUUGGGAUGAGGAAAUUCCAGAAAAUUUAUUACAAGAAUGGUUAACUUACCGUGAAGAACAGAUUGUAUUAGGUAAUAUUCGCUUACCAAGGUGGGUUGGGACAAAGUCAAAUGAUAAUCUAGUUGAAUUACACGGAUUUUGCGACGCAUCCAAAACAGCAUAUGCAGCAGCGGUGUACGUCCGUGUGAUUGAUUCUAAAGGAAAGGUCAACACGUCUUUGGUUACUGCUAAAACAAAGGUGGCACCAGUAAAGCAGGUCUCAAUACCUCGUUUAGAAUUGUGUGGAGCUGUUUUGCUUACAAGGUUGAUAAUCGAAGUUGCAAGAGUCAUGAAAAUUGAAAAACACAAUCUUCAUGCGUGGACCGACUCCACAAUUGUACUUGCGUGGCUAAAUAGUCACCCAAGCAGAUGGAAUGUUUUUGUAGCAAAUCGAGUGUCUGAAAUAUUAAGUAGCUUAGAUCCGCAGACGUGGUGUCAUGUGACUUCGAAGGAAAAUCCAGCUGAUUAUGCAUCUCAAGGAAUUAAACCACCUGAUCUGGUGAAUAAUGAGUUAUGGUUUCGUGGGCCGAAAUUAAUUUCUUGUGAACCCAUUAUUUAUCAUAAACCAAAAGAUUUAGAAACUGAAUUAGAAACUGUAAAAGUGUAA